AUGACUGAAACACGCACUCAGCGCUUCCCCACAAGACCGCCACUGAACGUAAAGCAGGUGUGCGUCCACAGGGAUGCAAUAAGAUCCUGUCUGAGAGCUUGUCAGGAAGAGACGCAAACAAGAGUGCUAAUUGGCGUCCUGAAAAGGCACCAUCCCAGCCCCAAAGUCUACUCCAGGGAUCACGCUUUGCAUGCACUGCAAUCGCCACCUAAGCCGCAGGCCACUUGCGAAACGGCCUCAGUUGAAGGGAUCAAUGCUCGAAUAUCUUCUCUCGUAAACCCUAAUGGGAAGCGGUCUCACCAGCAGGCUGCUGCUCGGCCGCACAGCGCCAAAUGCUCUCCGAGGGACGUCUCUGAACGGCGUUGUUUUUCGUUUAGCUCGACACGCCAGCAGUUGACACCUCUCUCUGAAGGAUCUGGAGGUGCUUCAGGUCAUGAGGAGGCGUCCGUCGAUUCUGCUAGGGGGGCUCUACCCUCACCUCAACGCAGUGCACAGGAUGAGGAUGCCCUUACAGGCGGCCAAGAGUCGAAGGCAGCCUCCCCUAUAGCUACCGACACAGCGAAAUUUGCUGCUCCAUGGAUUUUUGAAGCCAAACCCGGCGGUUGGCUUCAUAUGAGGGAACACAAGCGGAUCUUUGCGCUCACCUCCCCAGCCACUGCAGCUCCCACUGCCAAAGGCGACGCGCACUCAGAAGCGGCAGCGGCAGAAAAUUCCAAUUUGUCUUCUUUCUCUGAAUGUUCAUCCAGUGUGGAGGGCAUUCCGAUGAUUCAGUUCAGGUCUGCAGCGAUCCGAGGCGGGCAGCAGCGUUGCGGCGUGGGUACCUUGAUACAAAAACAGUGCAUACAGGCCAUUGCUGCGUUUGGAUCUACAGUUGAGCGUUCUUGGGUGUACAGGCAUUUGACAUAUCCUGAAGCGGAUCGGGGGGGCACGCAGUUGGGGAGAAUCUUUAAAAGGGCAGAAAUGCGGAGCUAUUUGCGCUUUCUUGCUGCACGUCUCCCUUGUUUGGAGCUGCAGACGCUGCUGGAAGCGUUUCUUUCCACCGGCCUUUCAGAUAUGGACGAGCAGCAAAUGAAAGAACUUCUGACGCUGCUGCAUCUGGGAGAGCGACAGGCCGCUGGAGAUGUAGUAGUAGUGACAAGCAGUAGUGCGAAGAACCGCAAAGUCGAGGUUGGAGGGGCAGCCAGUCAUUGCACUUGCGAUUUGCGGCACUGCUGUAUGCCUGAGCAAAGAAGCAGUCGCAAUUCCAAGGGUGACAGUGAUAGCAACAAUAAGAGCAGCACUGGCGAUGAUUCCAGGGAUUGCUGCUGCGAUGGCCUGACGGCUGAUUUCCUGCUGCGGCUGCUGAAGGGCGGAAGCAUCCCCCCUGCUUGUGUGCCCCCUUGCCUUAGGUCGAACAGUGCCUUUCGCCGCUUGCUGAGUUUUAUCGAUAAAAACCAUCCGCUACUGCGGUUUGUGCCGCCCCCAGGCGGCUGGCUACGUAGUCAGUAA